UAUCGGACUGGAGCGGCUGAUCAGUCGAAACAAAGCCGGGUUGCUGCCGCUGCCGCUGGGGUGCAAGUGCCGACGUCUCUCCUGAGAACUCGUGUCGGUCUUCAGACAUGAACUCCACCAUGACGAGCAGAACGACCCCCGUCCUCCUCAGGGCGCUGCUGGAGCUGUGUGAAGCCCACUCCUCUCGAGCGGCGCGAGGACACGGGAGAAGAGCGAAUAGCACGCACUUGUGGGGCUCCUGCGGGGCCCUGGCAGUGAGAAGGGCCAGCCUGCCUCUCCGCCCUGCCUUCCCCGUCAGCACACCCAGCCGCAGCUUCAUCAACCUGGCCUCCCCCGUCAGCACGCGCAGGAUGGAGUACACCGAGUGCCGGACACUAGGGUAUUCUCCUGAGCAGAUGUACAAAGUGGUGGCCAGUAUGGACCAGUACCGCCACUUUGUUCCCUGGUGCAAGAAGUCUCGGGUCACGAAGGGACAAAACGGCGACGUCCUGGUGGAUCUCGAAAUAGGUUUUCCCCCCUUUGUGGAGCGCUACACCUCUGAGGUCACUGUCGUUCCAAACCACCAAGUCAGGGCCGUGUGUACCGACGGAUCUCUCUUCAGCCAUCUUGAAACAAUAUGGAGGUUCGCCCCUGCAGACAAAGACCUGCCAGCCUCCUGCAAAGUGGAUUUCUCUGUUUCAUUUGAGUUCAAGUCUCUUUUGCACUCUCAGCUAGCCAGCGUCUUCUUUGACGAAGUGGUUAAACAGAUGGUCAACGCCUUUGAGUUACGAGCUGCAAUGCUUUAUAGGAACCAGCAGGAGGCGCCAUUGGGGAGGCGGUCAACAUGAGACCUUCAACCAACCCCUUGUCAACGCUUGUCUUUCACAGGAAGCUGGUUCUUCUUUUUGCACACGCCCAUAUCUUACACUUGAGUCGACAUGCACAUUUAACAUACUUAGUAUUUAUUUAUAAUCCACAAGCAAUUUAUUGUAUAUAUUUAGUUACUCAAAUGUCAGGCAUUUGGCAUGGUUUCAAAUGCUGAUGUUUCUUUGUAAGAUUGGGGGUUCAACACUGAAACAUCUAAAAGGGUUCAGAGCUAUUUGGUGGAAUUAAAGAAGUCUUUUAUUUUGGUAAA